AUGGCUGGCGUCUUGUUCUCCCCGGAGAAGGACAUCCCCAACCUCUCAGGCAAGGUCAUCCUAAUCACUGGAGGAACGGCCGGUCUCGGAGCAGCAGCGGCCAUCCAUCUCGCCAAGCACUCUCCUUCGCAUAUUUACAUCAGCGGCCGCAAUGCGAAGAGUGCCGACGCCGUGAUCCAGCAGACACAGAAAUCAGGAACCAAGGUAUCGUUUCUGGCGUGUGAUCUGGCCUCCCUUGACUCGAUUAAGAAGGCGGCCGACACCAUCCUGGCCCAGGAAUCCCGCCUCGAUCUGCUCAUGUGCAAUGCCGGUAUCAUGGCGGUGCCGCCGGGCAAGACCAGCGACGGCUACGAGGUCCAAUUCGGAACGAACCAUCUCGGCCACGCUUUGUUGAUCCAGAAGUGUCUGCCGCUCCUGCAGCAGACGGCCGCACUCCCCGGAGCCGAUGUGCGCGUCGUCAUCCUUACCUCGCUGGGGUUCCGCAUGCACCCGAGUGCAGGGAUUGUCUUCUCAGACCUGAAGAGUGAGCAGAACUUCCCUGCGUUUGGAAGCUGGAUCCGCUACGGCCAGAGCAAGUUGGCCAAUAUCCUGUAUGCGCGCGAGCUGGCCCGUCGCUAUCCGUCUAUCACUUCCGUGUCCGUCCAUCCCGGCGUCGUUGGUACGGGUUUAGUGGAGAAUCUAGGCUGGGCGAAACGCACGUUUGUCUAUGUGACGAACCUGUGGAAGCUGAUGAAACCGGAGGAGGGGAAACUUGAAGAACGGGCAGCUCUACGAGCCGGUUGGGAUCCUGUCGUCCAAGUUGGAUAA